AUGCUUCCGAAAAGACUUUCAAUCUUUCUACUGUUUGCUUCACUAACUAUUGCAAAGAAGCGACAUGUCUCUGAUUUUGAGUUCUUCACGUUUGCUCAGAUGUUCCCUGCUGCUGUUUGCCAGGUCGACAAUAUGGAUGAUCCGGCAACAUGCAAGAUUCCGACCGGAGCUUCACCUUGGACUGUCCAUGGAUUGUGGUAA